GAGGGUUUCCCCAUACAGACAGUUACUGUCACCUUCUGAGGGUCCCAGAACUGAACCCUUGUGAAGAACACUGAACAGAGGAGUAUCCCCAACACACUGCAAACAUGACAGAACAAAACCUUGGUGUGAAGAAGCCAAAAAAAAAGGUGGAGGUAUGUGGAUAUCCACUCAGUAUCUUCUUUAUCGUGGUCAAUGAGUUCUGCGAGCGUUUCUCCUACUAUGGAAUGCGAGCGGUUCUGGUGCUCUACUUUAGAUAUUUCCUGAAGUGGGAUGACGAUCUGGCCACCUCCAUCUACCACACCUUUGUUGCCCUCUGCUACUUGACCCCCAUCCUGGGUGCCAUAGUGGCCGACUCCUGGCUGGGCAAGUUCAAGACUAUUGUCUAUUUGUCCAUCGUCUACACACUAGGACAGGUUGUCAUGGCAGUGAGUGCCAUUCAUGACCUCACGGACACAGAUAUGGACGGCGUCCCUAACAACAUGGUCGUCCACGUGGCUCUGUCUAUGACCGGCCUGCUCCUCAUUGCCCUGGGGACCGGUGGAAUCAAACCCUGUGUCGCGGCCUUCGGUGGAGACCAGUUUGAGGACCACCAGGAGAAACAGAGGAGCACCUUCUUCUCAAUCUUCUACCUCUCAAUUAAUGCUGGUAGUCUUCUGUCCACCAUCAUCACACCUAUCCUCAGAGCCCAGGAGUGUGGAAUCCACUCCCAACAGAAGUGCUAUCCUCUGGCCUUCGGUGUCCCUGCAGCACUGAUGGUGGUGGCGCUCAUCGUAUUCAUCAGUGGCAGUUCCAUGUACACUAAGACGGCUCCGAAAGGCAACAUCAUGCUGGAGGUCUGCAAGUGCAUCGGGUUUGCCAUACACAACAGAUUCAGGCAUCGCAGCAAGAAGUUCCCGAAGAGAGAACACUGGAUGGACUGGGCUGAUGAGAAAUACGAUAAACUGUUGGUGGCCCAGGUGAAGAUGGUACUGAAGGUUCUGUUUCUCUACAUCCCCCUUCCAAUGUUCUGGACUCUAUUUGACCAGCAGGGAUCCAGAUGGACACUACAAGCCACCACCAUGGAUGGAGACUUUGGUAUUACUGUAAUCCAGCCGGAUCAGAUGCAGACGGUUAACCCCAUCCUGAUCUUGAUCAUGGUUCCUGUCAUGGACAGUGUCAUCUACCCGCUCAUUAAAAAAUGUCACCUGAACUUCACGCCUCUGAAGAGGAUGACCGUGGGGAUGUUUGUGGCGGCGAUGGCUUUUGUUGCUGCUGCCUUGCUUCAGUUACAAAUUGAUCAAACACUUCCCCAGCUGCCGUCGGGAGCGGAAGGUCAGGUGAAGUUCGUGAACCUCAACAACGAGAAUCUGAGCGUGGCUAUUGAAGGAACAGAUUACAAUGUACCACCUUUCCAAGUUUCUGGCGACUACUUGACAUUUGACAAGCCAUUUAACGUUGCGUUAACAAAAAACAAUGUGACAAAAAAAGAUAAUUUGACCCUGAAGUCCCAGACCCGACAAACCACUCUAGUUGGCCCGAGUCUGGAUCUUAGAAUGGUUACAGACUUAACCCGGAAGCCGGAGGAGGGAAUGAACGCCGUCAGGUUUGUGAACGGUUUCGGCGCUGCUCUGAAUGUAUCAUUUGUCGGAACCAUCGAGCCACUGGACAUUUCCAACUACACCAACAUCAAACAGGGACCGGCAGAGUUUAGGAUCACCAACACUGGCGGUCAGUCCUGCCUCUAUAACAAACAGAUGGGCUUUGGCAGCUCCUUCACAUUUGUCAUACCGUCCACGUUCGAUAUCCAAAGCUCUAACUGUAAGCAGGCAAUCCAGGCUGUGGAGGACAUCAAGCCCAACACCAUCCAUAUGGGAUGGCAGAUCCCCCAGUACUUCCUCAUGACAUCGGGAGAGGUUGUGUUCUCUGUGACCGGCCUGGAGUUCUCCUACUCACAAGCCCCUAGCAACAUGAAGUCGGUUCUUCAAGCUGGUUGGCUGCUGACUGUUGCUGUGGGCAAUAUCAUUGUUUUGAUUGUGGCUGAGGCAGCCCAGCUUCCAGAUCAGUGGGCAGAGUACAUCCUGUUUGCAUCUCUCCUGGUGCUGGUGUGUAUAAUCUUCGGCAUCAUGUCCUACUUCUACACCUACACUGACCCGGCAGAGAUUGAGGCCCGAUUCGCCCUGCCAGAGUACGACCCAGAGGAGAAGAAGAAGAAGAAAGACAGCAUUGUGAUGGAGUGGAAGGAUUCUCUUAAGAGAAAGGUUUCAGGAAGCAGAAAAAGAAGCAACAGUAGCAAAGGAUCUGACAAGCAGGAUAAUGACGAACUUAAACAGAGCAGGAUGUAAAACUCCCUGUUCACGCCACAUCCUUCUUUUCCUGCCUAUGAAGGAUGUAAAACUCCCUGUUCAUGCCACAUCCUCCUCUUCCUGCCUCUGAAGGAUGUAAAACACCCGGUUCACGCCACAUCCUCCUCUUCCUGCCUCUGAAGGAUGUAAAACACCCGGUUCAUGCCACAUCCUUCUUUUCCUGCCUAUGAAGGAUGUAAAACUCCCUGUUCACGCCACAUCCUCCUCUUCCUGCCUCUGAAGGAUGUAAAACACCCGGUUCACGCCACAUCCUCCUUUUCCUGCCUCUGAAGGAUGUAAAACACCCGGUUCACGCCACAUCCUCCUCUUCCUGGCUCUGACGUAGAGACAAGGUCUUGGAGUGGAGAGACAUUGUACAUUUCUGCCAGUGGAACUCAAAUCUUGUAACAAUGUUGUAGAGGUUCUUCAUGAGAACCGUAAUUCUCCUACCUAGCAUUACAUAUGAAAUUUUACUUUCAUAUUGUAAAUAAUUGUUUAAGAUUUAUUUGCACCAUGUAGCAAAACCAACAUUACCAUGGCAUUUUAUUUUCCUUACCUUUUAUUCCUUCAUUAAUUUAACAUUUCUAUGUAUUUUAUAAUAUUACAUAUGUUGCUGUUGUUUUUUAUUUGACGAUUCUCAUAUGAUAUUGAUGAUGAUAUUAAUACCAAAUCAAGUUAGGCCCUGGCUAAGUUUGUCCCCAAGGCAAAAACCAUCAUCCUUACACUAAACCCUAACCAUCAAUAUUAGCAUAAACCCCAUUCUUAACCUUAUCCUAUCGUUUCACUUUCAAUGAUGUGAUGUCACAGUUCCAUUAAGGAAUGGCAGUUUAUAAUAUUUAAAGUUUAGAUAGUUUCACCACUUCAUCACACUCCAAACCACUAGAGAACAGUAGCUACAGAUAACAAGCCUCACCUUUUAUGGUUAUUUGGUAUGGUCUCACAAACUGCAUGGAUGGACUUAUGUGAAACUCCACUGAUAUCUGACUGAUGUAAAGCUCAACAUCUGAAAAUAAUUGACAAACUACAAGAAGCGUAUUAAACCGCUAAAGCAAAUGCUCUCAUCCAGA